CUGUUCUUAUUUAUUCUUUGUUUUUAUUCUGUGAAACGCUAAGCUCUAUGGUAGCGGUAGUUGGGGUUUCACCCAUUAAGUCAUUUCAUCGAAAGCAACUAGGUUGUAAUUACAAUGAUAAAAUCUUAAUAAUUAUUUUUCUGUUUGUGACAUCCAUGGUCACAUACCACGCUUGACCAUCCUGCAUUAAACUAUCCAUCCACCCAUAACAUUCCCAAUAAAUGAAUUUAUGGUGCAUGGUCUUGAAAAACGAGUAAAUUCCAGUGUAUUUCAUUUCACAGAGUUAUAUCGACCACAAUUCUCGAUUAUGCAAACAUGCUAACUUUUGCGAUUCUGCAGAAUAAUUAUUCAAAUGUAUAAGGCUAAUAACCUAAUCAUAAUUUCGUUUUAAUUGCAUAUCAGGAGUGGAAUACUCAAGGAAAUCAUUUGGACAUUGGAUUUAUUAUGGAUUCUUGGACUAAACAGAGGAAUUAUCCACUAGUGAUUGUAAAGAGAAAUGGGUCAAACGUGUUUUGUUUUGAGCAGAAGCGUUAUUUUCAACACUAUGGUAACAAGUCAUCUCAAACAAAUCGUGAGUAAGUGAACUAUAUAUUAAUUUAGACAACAUCCGUAUUCAGAAAUUAUAUAUGAAGAAAAGUGAGUUUGUAAUGUAUGCAAUGUUUGUUAUUGUGUUGAGUGCUAGUGAUGUCGAAGGAUAUACGUAGCGUGUAUCAUCAAGUGAGAGUGAAAUCUCUGGCGACUGAAUGUGCAACAGAUCGAAGAGAAGAGAAGGUGAACAGUGAAUGAUUAGUGUGGGAACGAAGGAACAAUCAAGUUCCAGAUCACUGAUUGAAAUUUCGCAAAUUAAUUAUUCACUUUGUGAUUCUCAAUACAUUAUCAAUAAUUUUCCUAAGAUCAUGUCCAUUCCUCAAUUUAAAUGACGAAAGAAAUUUAACCCAUUGUGAUUUUCAACCAACAUACCUUCCGUCUCUUACUUAGUGCACUAUUUGUUUAGUUUUCCGAUGUGAUAUUCCACUUGAUAUAACACUAAUUUAUUUGAGUGUGGUGUUCAUUCAAGAUACGGUUUGCUAGUAUUGAGAUGAAACGACCUUUGCUCAGCAUGACCUGCAGUAUGUGAUUAGUUAAAAGUCUGGAUAUUUUUCAUACGUGUGAUUUUAUUCCAAUCAGUAAUCAAUAUGGGUGUACGAUCAAUAUAUGAUGAGUGUAUUUUCUACCAGGAUCGCUAUUGUAUUUUUGGGAUCAAUAAUCGUUAACUUCGUCAAUCUCAGUGUUUUCGAUUCGCGCCAUGGGAAUCGCAGUGGUCUCUCGUUUUGUUAAGCAUUGAGUGACACAGAAAUAAAGGUUGUUGACGUGGAUUUUGAAAAUGUGAAAGACAUAACAAUUGCCAACUUAGUCAAUAUACACAAUUCAGUUUUUCAAUGUAACUGUCUGGUCCCAGUUAUACCUCGGUUUACUGUACAACUUUCCACCGAAACCUGUUUUUCUGUUAAAAAUAUACUUCCUUAUCUUCAUUCAUCAAGUCACCGUUAUAGAAGAAGAUGCGGACAUAUCACACCUCAAGAUACUGGAUUACACCAUCAUUUCAAACACAUAAAUAUUAUUUCUAUUCCAUGCCAAUUGUGAAAUUAUUGUAUCUGUUACACUUUGUCUGGCAAAAGGCGUUAUUGAGCGGGAUUCAUCAACAUUGUUGAAACAAUAUCCACUAGAGUUAUUAACAUUUGGUGUACCACUGCCUAACGGCCAAACUGAAAUGUUUCCUAUUAUUAUAUCGAACAUGAUUUACGAAUUUAAUAUUCACAAAACCCCUUCUCAUACCAUGUAUGCUGCUGAAAUAUAUGUAGAUUUAAAUUGAAAUCAUAAUAUAGAAAACGAGUGCGUGGGGUCACCUCCAUUAUACUAUAUAUGAUUUCAUUCUAAGUAACUGAUAAAACAGCGACUACCCUUUUCACGAACCCAAUAUGAUCAUCUUCAAAAUAUCAAUGUUCACUUCACACAACUACGGUUGAGUUUACUAAUUAUAAACAAAAUUAUUUCUCACAGAAAGAGGGCGUUACUUUCUCUUUGUUGUUAAUAUAACUAUCAAAAGUCUAUACAUCUGGCAUCUUGUAGUAAAGAAAAGAUUUAAGAACAGAGGAACAGAUGGGUGGAACAAUUUCAGGAACAUUUGAAUAAGCCAUCUUCAGUGGAUCCAUUAGACCUCAAAGCACCACCUGCAGAUCAUCCUAUACAUGUCACUCAACCAAUGAUCGAAGAAAUCAAGUUGAUCAUCAGAAGAAUCAAAUGUGGGAAAGCCUUAGGAUUUGAAAAUAUACCAGCUGAAACAUCAAAAUCAGACAUAAAAGUAACUGCAAAUAUGCUUCACGUUCUACUCAGGAAAAUUAGAGAGAAAGAACAAGUGCCACCGACAAAACUGGAAAAAAUAGCACAUCAAGAUACAAAAUAUAGGAGAUCUGAGCAGAUGUAAGGACUACAGAGGCAUCACAUUCUUGCCGGUACUAGAACUAUUGUAGAACAUAGUGUUGCUAGACUGAUGAAAGUUUCAGUAGAAGCUCAACUUCAAGAUCAAUAAAUUGGAUUCUGUAAAGUUCGGUCAUGGACUACACCACAAAUAUUUGUAAAUAACCAUCUACACAAGAUACAGAAUAUCCGGUAACUGGAUUCCAACAGCAACAGUCUACUGUGGGAAACAAAAGUCCAGCUUUCAAAUAAGUAGGAAAUUAGGAAAAGAUGUUGGAAAUUAAUAGAAAAUACAUAGUGAAAUCAUCGGAUUUCAUCACGAAGCAGGUACUAAUUUGGAAUCCUGAAUAGAAACGGAAAAGGGGAAUAAAACACAUUAAACUGAGUCAAGAAUCAUAAGCAGACAUGAAAAAGAUGUAAGGGAAAUGGAAUGAAUCGUAGUGGAUGGUCCAUGACAGAGUUGGAUGGAGAAUUCCGGUAGUCUGUCUAGGCUCCUCCACAAGGUGGGGCAACAAGCGUAAGGGAAGAAAUAUUUAGUAGUGGAUUGGGCCAACAAACCAUCUUUUGUAUUUAUGUUUGAAAUCCAACUCGAACCCUAUCGAUCAACCAGCAUUAUCAACAAGUGUUUUGUUAUGGCACUCUAUCAAAGUUCCUGUUUUUAUAUAUAAUAUUUAUAAUUUGGUAGCUUUUAAUAUUCAUUAUUAUGUGUUUUGCUUCUUUCAGACACUCCUGGAUAAUACCAAUCACUUAUGGGUCAGCACAAACGGUGAACUGGACAAAUGUUGAUAUUGUGUGGGUGGUAAACAGUAAGAAAUACCAUAUUUCGUUUUCAUCAGUAUAAUUACUACGCUAUACGCUACACAUGCCUUUACAUUCUUUGCGUCACGUUCUGAAGCUAGACGAUCGAGUUGACGAGCCUUUUUCCAUAAAGAGCGACGGCUGUCUUAUCCAACAAAUGUAGCACUAAUUUGUUCUGAGGCGUGUUUUACACCUCACAUAGAGGAAGACGUUUUACCACCCCUCAAAUUAUAAACAGAUGAGGUAAAAUUAAUAAUAAAAUACCACGCUCUUAUUCAGCUUUAACUGUUUAUUCUCAUUCAUACGUAUUUGCCAAUAUUGUAAUAUUUAUGAAUUAUUUCAUUAUUCCUCGCUUCCAUAAGACAAAAUGAAUCAAACAAUGAACAUAAACUCAGACGACUGGUACUUGUUGAAUGUAAAACAAGGUGGAUUUUAUCGAGUUCACUACGCUGACAAUAACUGGAUCUUAUUAAUCAACCAAUUGCAAAAGAAUUUCACGGUUUGUUUAAAACACUUGCGUUUCUCCUUGUUACAAAUAACUAUUCUAUCAAAUACUUUAAGUAUAAUCUUGUAAAUAACAUAAAAAAUUUUAUGUAUGCAUCAUUAUGAUGAUAAAUUUUGUAGAACGUGAUAAACAAUUCAGGAUAUUCUAAUAUGAACCAGUGUGAAUGGAUCUCCAUUCAUUGUGAAUAUCCAACCACAAUCAUUGACUUGAAAUUUAUUCAUAUGUAGCACACUAACUUUUACGUCAGACGGCAUGACCAUUUACCAAUUGAACAUACGAAACUACAUGUUAAAUAACGUUUCGUCAUUUGACAUAGAUAUUUACUAACUUAAUUAUUUAUUUAACCUCUUACUUUCUAAAUCACUUGUUUACCUACCUAGCUACUUACUCAGUUACGUACUUACCUAUAUACUUAUGCAAUUACUUACUAAAUAUUUGUCGCCUGAUCAUCUUCACAACAACAAACUAUCCUAUCAUAGCCACUUUUCAAAUUUUUGCGAAUUGCUUCUCAUUCUUUUGAUGUAUAGUGGCUGUUAUUCGAUAGAAUCCUUAAACAUAGCAAACCGUUCGGCCUGAUAACGGUUGCUAGAUAAUGUCUCAUACGGUUUAUGAAUUAGAGGACGAGUACAAAUUCUUUACUGUGUUUUUCUUUGCACGACGCACAUAUUAUCAAAACUACAGAUACGCGAAACAAGAAUUUAAGGCUAAUACCGAAAAGCAAGUGAGCAAGUGGACGUUCCAGUCAAAAUUAAUAGGUUUGAAAUGUUUUUGAGAUGGUGGAGAAGAUUUGAAAUGUUUCUAUAUACACAUACUGAAAUGAAUGAAUCUUGAUUCAAUGAAACGAUUAAUAGUUAGGCUAGCAGAAUAAAUAUAUGGGUACAAUGGUACAAUGAAAUAGAUAAGCUGUUAUUGUACGAAUGACUCUGCUCGAUAAAUGGGAUAACCAAAUUAAAUGUGAACAAACUCAAUCGCACGCGAGCUACUAUAAUAGCUCCAACUAAAUGUACAAAGAGUGUCUGUAUUUGUGAAAGAAAAAAAAUGCUAAAUUUAACCGGUCGGUAAAUAUCCAAACUUACGAGAGUAAGAUGUAUGAUAGAACUAUCCUAUGGGUUAUUGCAAGUACGUGUGAGCUUAACAUCGUAUACGUUCGUGAGACCAGAUAAAGUGAUAACGGAAGAUCAGGAUAAUGAAGUGGUGCUUAUAGACGCCCAUUUACAUUGACAUCCGAAUGUAAAAUAAUAUGUAGAACAAAAGAAUUGAUAAGUCAAAAUUUUCAAUGUGUACAUACAGAACGAAGAGGAAAAGACAAAAUUCACAUAUGAUGAGGUGAAAGAAACUAUUUAUUCGAAAUCAUCGCUAUAUACCUUUGUGAUCGACUCACUCUUCGAACAUAUCUUGUGGUCACCGGACACUUCUCUUAUCGCUGCAUUAGCGUCGUUGAUUCUCGUGUCUAGUUGGUGUGAUCAUCUUCGAAGGUCUUGCUCUUGUUGAUUGGAAAUCACUAUAUUUGAAAGCUGGUUUCCCUCGAUCGAUUAUGAUUACAUCUGUCUUGCCAGCUGUUUCUAUGGUGACUGCCUUAUCUGUCCUCGUAAUCAAUUUAAAUGGACCGUCGUAAUUCGGUUGCAGAGGUGGAUGUACAUUAUCUCUUCUAAUUAAUACAUGAGUACUAUUAUGCAGUUCCUGCGGUAUGAACACUCGUCUUUGUUGUAGUCUGUGAAGUGUUAUUUUUAGCUCGUUCAUGUGCUUCUUCAGGCGUUGCACGUGGUCGGCUACAUUUGUCGGAAAACUUUCCUGAAGCGAAAAAUUCUCCAGGUAAACUUACAGUAGUUCAAUAUACCAACUCAACUGAACAACAUCAUAUGUCCUGUUUAAUUGCUGUUCUUAGACUCAACAUUACUAGAGGAAGUUCAUUGGCUCAAUCGUUGUUGACAAUGACAGAUGUAAGAAACGCUUAUAACUGCCUUUGCGGGUAUUCAACCAUUACGUUUGCCAUUGGAUGAUAGUAUGUCGUUCGAAUACGUUUAACAUGUGCCCACUAAUGACUAGCUUCGUGAGGGAAUUCUUGGAGUUCUAUUGAGAACCCGCGACCAGUGGAGCUAAUCCGUGUCGGGUAGAGACAGGUAUCUACCUCAGUACACUGGAAGUUGGUCGUGCAAUCUCGUGGAUUGGUUGAUGUUAGACACUAACACCAUUGGAUUCCGGCUCGGUGGUCUAGUUGGUUAGGCGCCUGGCGCGAGACCGAUACGUCCUGGGUUCGAAUCUCGCGGGGAGCGGGAUCGUAGAUGCGCACUGCUGAGGAGUCCCAUACUAGGGCGAAACGGUCGUCCAGUGCCUCCAGGUUUCCAACUGUGGUCUAACAUCAAUUGAUUCAUGAUCUCAAUCAAUAAUUCUGAGGAGUUGUUUAAGCUGCUGGAAGAGUCGACUUUCGAAUCGGGCUUCUCCGUCGGUUGUGAUAAUCGCUGGUACGCCAUAUUAAGAAAUGCAAUUCUCGACUGGGGCUUUGGUUACAGACUCAACUGAGGUUCCAUUUAUCGGUACUACUACAGGCUAUUGUAUAAAUCUAUCAAUGUAUGUAAAAAUAUAUUUAUAUUCAUUCGAAACUGUCAGUUGUCCCAUGAUAUCGAUAUGUAUGUUGGAAUCUAGUGUCUUGGUGAGAACAAAAACCCAAUGAGGAGCUAGUAUGACGAUGUGUAUAAUUAUGGUUUACUAUGAUAGGAGUACUUCUCUAAUAAUGGGCCUAAUCCUAAAAUUUUAGAUUUUUCAUGAUGCAACUGCCUAAUCUAUAAGGUCUUACGUGGAAGUCACAAUUUCGUCUACACUGACUCAUCGUAUGGUAACGAUUACCAAUAUGUGAUGUAGAACACGAUUGGGCUGGAGAUAGAACAACAUAUUUAAUAUUGGAGAAAAGUUAUAUAACAACACUAAACGAUGACCACGCCUACCAGGCUGAGCUGGAUGGAAUGUUUGAGACACACUUUAUUGCACUUUACUUUCACGAGUUUGGUAACCUCCUCUAACAAUAAUUCACAUGAAUCACUGCGGCUUUUAUCUAUCACUAGAGUCAUGGAAACGGAUUUCAUGUUUCUCUUGUCGAAGUCGUGUGACUAACGUUUACUAGUCCGUGAUGCUGAGAGACCACUAGGAGACCGCAGGUACACAAAAACUCCAUGCCUAUUGUGGGAACUGAUUCACCUGCCACGACAACGUCCCAGCAGUACGAAGCGCCUCGUCCAAAAUCUGAGAACAAUUUUCGUCUGCUGUAUUCUUGAUAUCUGACGUGUUCACCGCUCUUAGCACUAGUAACAUAAUAACGUAUUUUCAUCCUCGCUUACUUCCCUGAUUUCCGCUAUCGUAUCUACUACGAACUGACAGCCGGCUGAUCUGUCCUAGACGAAAACGACUGUUUCUAGGAUCUAUGUUAAUUAUCACAGACGUCACCGAUAACCAGUAUGACCGUUUAAAUUUGCUUUAUGAUCUACAAUUUAUAGUAUGUUUGAAGGAACCAGCAUGCAGUAGGAGCUCAGUGUCUCCUUGUGCAUGAGAGACUUCUAUCCUUCGGUCUUUCUUGCAGCCACAUUCGUUGCCUGUUGUUCUGAUAAAAGUUCGUCAGUUUGCGACACAGAACACUGUUUCCUUUUUGUAACGCAUGGAUUCUUUGGUCUGCUGUGCAAUUAAACAUUUGUAGACUUGUGUAGUUAAUCGAUCAUAAUUCCCAGAAACCUGAAUGUUUCCACACCUUCCGGUUGUUCUUCAACGAAUGAUACUUGGUCCAUUUUCAUCAUGUUUCAGUUGAGGGUUUUGCUUUUUCCUUAGUGAAUGUUGAGGCCUAAUGCUGUGGAGGCUGCCAGCACACUGUCUGUCUUCACCUGGAUUUGUUGGUGUGAAUGGUACAGAAGAGCUAGACCUUCAAAAAUUUUCAAAAUAUCUAGGUGCAUUAGAGCUAUCCAAUUUGGUCUGUGCUCCUCCUGUGAUGUGGAUGUCAUCACGUUUCAAUUGACUUUCUAAAGAAGAAGAGUUAUAGUAGUUAUCCUUACAUGACGAUAACUCUUGCGACCUAUGAACUGCAGGCAUGUAGAAGGUACUACCUCUUUAAACACUUUUCAGUCCUUAUGAUAGUUUCCUAAUGUCUAAAUGGAUUUUUCAAGCCUCCAAAUAUCUUACUGCGAUACAUCUUGAAUUCAUCGAGCUUGUCACGAUCUUGUAUAGGGAUUAUAUUGAAUAUUUUAUUGCGGUUAUCGUGUUGUACGUUGCUCCAUCGACUUCAGCUUCAUCUUAGCCACAACCAGGUGGUUAUAUUAAACCAUAUCAGCCACUCUUUUUUUUUAUCACGUAUCAUGUAAAAUAAAGAGUUCCGUUCAGUUGAUUAUCUAACUUUUAUCUGUAGUGUUGCGAUUUGAUUUGCACACGUACGAUUAUCAUGAAAUCCAGCAUAUUGAUCCCAAAGUUGAGAGCCUACUUGAUCUUAUGUUCGGUUUCACAACACUGCGUUAUUAUCUUUGUGAAUAGAACAUGGAUCACUUUGCAUGUACUUCUUUCCCUGAAUUUAAUGUUUCAGCUUGUACGCUAGCUAACACUGCUGUUUCGAUGUCCGGUCAUUUUAGUGAGACUGGUCUAUUAGCGUGUUCUCAAGAUUGCUGAACCCACAUGCCAGAUAGAUAUCCAUCCCUUGUGGUUGAGCACCAUAUCCUCUGGAUGUACUGGUUUUAUAAUUGUUUUUAGUUUCGCUUCUUAGUUGUCUAUUUUCUUUGAGUGGAUCUUGUAAGACGUGGAGAUUGCUGCUGAGAUCUAUCUUGAAUUCUAUAAGUUUGUCAUUAUUUUGAAGAAACGCUGUAAUAUUAUGAAUACGAAAAAAUAUAUAUAUAUAUAUGUUUAACGCGGUGAAAGUAAAAGUAAUUGUUUCAUCUUAUCAUUCGUUUUAUCAACUCGAGAAAAUACCAAAUGCGCAUAAUUUCAGUGGUAGAAUUACGAAUUGAUUGGAAGUAUUAGAUUCCAUGCCAUCUUCACAGCAGAUCAGACAUAUCUGGAAGUUUUAUAUGAAUAAGAGCGUUUAGUGACAUGAAUAAGUACAAAAUAAUUAGAAAGGUUACAAAUGCACGCUUUGUUGUCACAUAGUUGUCUGGCUUUAUGUCAGUCCUCGAAUCGGCUUGUAAAAGCUUCGAUGUGUGCGUUAGGUAAGUGAUAUGUGACUGCCAAAGACGACGAUUUAACAUCACAAUAAAUCAAGUUAUCUUUAGAGAUGUUAAUCAGUGAUUUUAGCUCUAUACUGCGUAUCGCACACUAAGAUAUGAUUUGUUUGAAAUCACAUUCAUUUUAUAGAUUGCAUUUUACAUUGUGAUUCGAGGUUCUACAAGGCAUUUCGAUUUUUAUCUGAUUUCUUUAUGUCUAGGCUAUUCCAGUUUUCUCACGCGCACGAAUAUUGAAUGAUUUAUUCAGUCUUGCAAAGUAAGUGUGAAGUGGAAUGAAACCAAAAUAUCGGACUAGUUAUUAACUUUGAUUCCAAAUACCAAUUAAAAACACGAAAAAUUUGUGGAAAACAAUCAAGAUGUAAAAACAAUGAGUACUUGACAACGUAUAUCAUCUGAUCGUAGCGAAAAUACUUUGUAGAACCUGGAGAUUCUCGGUGAUAUCCACCCAAAAUCGGAGACUGAUCCUUUCAGAAAUGCAAACUAGCAAAGCAGUUUGCAAGAGAAGCAAAUGAGUUGGGAAAACGAAUAAUUAGCUGCAUUAAAAAUAUAUGCAGUGGGUUGAACUGAAAUCGGUGUUCACAUAGAUUUAAUGAAUACUGAAACAGAUCAAAUUGUGGUUAAAAAGACGUUCAUCUGAACUCGUGUAUCAAUUAUAACCAGCUGUUAUAUAAACUCUACGAUUAUAAAAUGAUAGAUUAGUAUCAUAUCAAAGAAUUAACACACUCUAUACGCUAUAUUGUUGAAAACAUCUGUUAGCACCACAUUAACAGAAAACCGUCGUUUGCUUACUCGUUUAAUACAGAUUUAAAAAUAUAACAUGUCGGGUGGAGUAAUUACACAGACAUAUAAACGAAGAAUACUCUUUUCAACAAAGUCUCUUCCUGUUCUGCAAUCACAAAUCCGAAAUAAUCAUACGAAAAGUAUGAAGAUAUUUCAUCAAAGAAAAUUUUCCUUCCCACGGUAUCAUUUUCGGAAGCUGUAUAAUCGUUUUUAAUGUCCAUUUUUACAUGUAGUAUUCUACGGUAAUUAAUAUGUUUACCAAUAUAUUUACUUUGCGACUACCUCACAAAUGGCUGUUUUGUUCUUUUUUGGCCUCUUUAUCAGUCGUCAUAUCGUGCCGUAUACUCUUUUCCUGAACGCGACAAAAUAUUUAAACCACGAAGACGAGUUUAUUGUAUGGAUAACAGCUAGUCGAGCGCUGCUCUAUAUUAAUAGCAUGUUUGCUCUGAAUGAGAAUUAUGAUGUUUUCCAAGCAUACUUGCAAACUCUUAUACAUAACCGAAUUCGAUCAGCUAGUCAGUCAUUUGUUAGUACAGGUGAAGAUCCUCAAAAGAUGUGAGUAAUGAUAUUUUUAUUUCGUAUGUCUUUACUCUGUCAUAUCAGUCAAUCACUCAGUUUUAUCUCGGAAAACUUUUAUUCCGAAACAAUCUAUAUGGAAAGUAUUUAAUAUGAAAUGACGAAAUUAGCAGUAUUGUUGACGGGACUGGUAAUCUAAGCCAACAAUUUUUGAUGAACAGAUGAGAGUAACGGUUUCCGAGGGGAGUGACAUUCUUCUACAAGGGGUUGGAAUAUCUGGACCAUAAUAAUGAGCUGGGACCGUAUAAUUAUAAGGAUUGGUUAAGUUGCACUUCAAAUUGUGCGUUCCUUUAAUUAGAAACACACUUUUAUUGCCCGGUUGAACUCGACAAUCGACUGUAAUUAAUGCAUAGUUGUAAUAUGAUUGCUUGAAUUCCAUCCAUUAUAAACGGUUCUAAUCGGGUGCUCAAAGUUGUACUUUUUCAUCUCAAUUUUUUAUAGUGGAAACUCAGACGGUGCAACUGUCUUGUGAAAACUCCCGUAACUUAAGAAAUAAAGGCCACAUAAAUUAUAUUUGAGUACCAAAUUAUGCUAUCGUUUGUCAAUUGGUUUUAAGAUUAAUCGUAUUAUCAAGUUUCUCCGUUAUCACGUAAAAUCACGAAUUAAUUUGUUCCGUUAUGUCUAGUUAUUUCUAGUUACACCAAUGAUUAUCUUACCUCAAAACUAAUAACCUUGAAACAUUGACAGAGGAAAAAUUAAUUUCCUUCGGACUAUUUCAAUGAAUAAUGUUAAUGUAUAUAUUAAGCUGGUGAAAAUCCUGAUAUGUGGUAAAACAUAUGGAUAUAUCAUAGUAGUAAGAUAUCGUGAACGGUUACAGCUUGCCGUUAAAAUGAGAUGAAAAAUUUAUAUCAUCAAAAACUGCAGAAAUCACCAGCUCGUCAAUGCUGUGCCAACUGAUGAGUUUAAUGACAUUCGAUUUUUCGUGAAGUGAUAACAGAACAGGUUUCGGGAUAACGCAAUAUGUAGAAAUAUUUUUAAGGUGAAUACAUUGCGUUUCAGCUACAGAAUCGCAGCAAUCUUCGAAUCCAUAAGACAAACUGAUCUAAUCUGAACAUCUUCAGGCAUAUCCAUGAAAUUUUUUCCCCGUCAACUAAUGAUAAACGUACUAGUGUAAAAGAAUAAAGUUCAUAAAUUUUUUUAUUUAUUAAGUUAUAACUUAAAUGAUCUUACACCGUUUGCUCGAUUUUAGACGUUUUGACUAUACUGUGAUCAAACUCGCUUGUAUAGCUGAACAUCAUCUUUGUGUGAACAAAACUACGGAUCUCUUCAGACAAUGGAUGUCGAAACCCGAAACGAACCCGUUAGUCAUGCAAUUAAUGAUUUUUAUAUGAUAAAACAGACUACCGUAUAAUAAUUCUUAAAACGCAGUUUGAAUUAGAUUUUGUGAUCAGUUUUUUGUUGCUGAGGUCAGACACGAAUGCAUGAAUAGUUUGUCAAUGUUAUGGUUUCCUGAGUGUAAAGAACUAAUAAGUCAGUAAGCGUAGUGGGAUAGCUGUAAAAUUGAUGUAUAUAGUAUACGGGUGCUGUGUUACCUGGGUUUGUCGAUCAGUCGAUAAUAACUUUCUUGUGUGAAUAAAAGAUCUUCAUUUAUGAGAAAUCUUCGAAACAACUUUUGAUUGGAUAGUUCUACACUAUUCUGAACAACAGAUUUUAAUUUGCGUUCGAUAUGUUAAAAUGAGUAUUGGCAUUGGCACCAUGUGCAUAGGAUAAACUUAUCAUGAAAAUAUAUUCACGACUUCUGAUUCCCAUGAAAACAAAUAUAUAUAUAUAUAACUGAUUUGGAGAAUGGAAGAUUUUUGACCAGUUAUGAGACACCGAUGAGGAAUUGUUUUAUAAAUUACUUAUACACUUCCAUCCGUUACCCCUCACGAAAGCGUAGGCUGACAAAUAGGAUUCUCCAAACUGUUCGAUCUUAUCUUCCUUUCCAGUCAUUGCUGAUCGCUUCUCAUUCCUUCGAAAUAUGCCUCGAAUUCUCGACGCAACGUGUUCUUUGGUCUUCCUCUGUACUUCUUGCCUUCUGGAUUCGGAGUGAUUGUCUCGACAUUCAGUCUGAUGGUAUAGACAACGCUUGUCGUACUCACAUCCAACGUCUUGUCCUGCUUUCAUAUUCAUAUGGGAGUUGGUUUGUUCUCUUCUAUGGUGUGUCUCUGUUGAUGGCAUCCGGUCAACUGAUAUUGAUUGUCUUGUACAGACAAGUGUUUAUGAAAACAUGUAUUUUUGAUGAUGGUUAUGACAGUUCUGCGACUUUCAGCCCAGUACACUACAACGGUUUCAAUAUCUGCAAUGAAGGUUCUGAAUUUGAUGUUGGCUGACAGUUAUUUUGAUACUUAUAUGUUUUCAGAUGUAAUAGUAGUGCUGUUAUUUUCCUUAUCCUCUCCUCUGCAUCUACGCUACACCCUCCUGGUUACUCGGUUAUACUUCCCAGAUAAGCGGUUGUUUCAACCCCUCACGAAACUUCUCUGUCAAGUUUGAUUUGGUUGGUUUCAGUUUAAGAUCUUGCUUUUUCCUUUGUGAAUGUUAAGGCCUAAUGUUUAAGUGGCCGCUGCCACACGGAUUGUUUUCACCGGAAUAUGUUGGUGUGUGAUAUAGGAGAGCUGAAUCAUCUACCAGAUUCGAAAUAUCUGAGUGAGUCGAAGCUGUUAGAUGUAUUCCCCGCUUCACCUGAGAUAUGGUUGUUGUCACAAAUCAAUUGACGCGGAUAAGCAGCCUCGUUUGAUUUCGAUCUUUGCUUGCAAUUGAUCUGUUGUCUGUCUUCCAUGCGUGAAAUUUCAUUGCGUCUUCUUUUUCAAAUAAAUGUAAACAAUACUUGACAUUCGCAUCCCUUACACGCAUAUAGUCAUAAAUCUCUAGAAAUAGUUUCAUUUCAAUAACACAAUGAGAAAACGGAGUUGAUCUGAAAAAUGUGAUGUAUUAGCGCUAUACAUUUCGAACAAUCUGGUCACACAUAUACUUGUAAGGGCAUUUUUAUAUGAAAAUUAAUAAAGGUCAAACAAAUAAAAGUACAAUUAAAAUAACUAAGGGGAGAGAAAGAAUAAGAAAUUGUCGCGUUAUCCUAGGCCAUAGAAAGAGGCACUUAACCAGACCUCUCUUGUAUUGCCUCAUUAAGAGGACUCGAAGAAUAUGUACCUCUGACAUGGUGGAAAAAGAUGAAAAGUUACUGACUGACACAUUAAUAGCAAAUGGUUAUCCACUCAAGUUUAUUAAUGGGUGCAAAAGUCAGUUAAUGCCAAGACCUCUAAUUUAUUCAGUGCCAAAGAAAGAAGUUUAUGUCAAUCUACCAUAUAGAGGCGAAUCUAACAGUAUAGUCUUAAGGCAGAGAUUGAAAGCAGCCAUCGAGAAUACGUAUUUUGCUGCUCAGUUGGUAGUGAUUGAAAAGUCUAAGGUCAUGAUUCCUAAUAGAUCCAAACAAUGCAGUAAUGAUUACGUCACAUCCCAUUGUAUUUACCAAUUUACAUGUUUGUGUAGACACACAUACAUAGGGAGGAGUAAUCGAACAAUGCAAUCAAGGGUCAAUGAACAUGUGCCUAGAUGACUUCAAAAUCAAUGUAUGUCAAAUGAUCUGAUCAUUGUAGGAGGUAGAAAACCAAGCUCAUCGAUAGCAAAACAUAUAAUUGAGACAGGGCACAAAAUUAACAUUAAUACAGCAUUUAGAAAGUUGUAUAGAAAUUGUCAAGGUCGAAUUCUUAAGUUUAUUGAAGCCUUGGCUAUUCGUAAAUUUAAACCCCCCUUAUGUGUACAAAAACAAUUUGUCGUAACCUUGAAUUUACCUUGGUAAUCCUUAAGUCAUUCUAUGGCCUAGGAUAACGCGACAAAUUCUUAUUCUUUCUCCCCCCUUAGUUAUUUAAUUGUACUUUUAUUUGUUUGACCUUUAUUAAUUUUCAUAUAAAAAUGCCCUUACAAGUAUAUGUGUGACCAGAUUGUUCGAAAUGUAUAGCGCUAAUACAUCACAUUUUUCAGAUCAACUCUGUCUUCUCAUUGUUCUAUCGAAAUUUAUAAGAGGGACUGAUUGCCUUAAAUUUCAUUUCAAUCGAAUGAAAGUAAUGUUCUUGUCCACAUUUCUUUUGUUUUACAGCAUACGACCUGAUUUGAGAUUCAUUACUUAUUGUACAGCUAUUCGUCAUGGUGGUCAUGUAGAGUGGAAAUUUUUAGAAGGUCAGCUGACGUUGAACGAUUCUGUAAAUGAGGAAGAUACUGAAAACAAGAUGUUGGCAUUAACGUGUUCUCGUGAUACAGAAAUUAUGAAAGAGUACUUAAGGCGGGUAAGAGAGAACAAGAACUUCUGGUUUACGCUUGACUAUUUCUCAGAGUCUCCAAUUGGUAACCAACUUUUAUGGGACCACUUGAAUGAUGUAGAUAAUUUUGUUGAACAUAAGUGAGUUUACAUUUCUAUUGACAGUGAGGAACCGAUGUCAUAUUAAUGUCAUGAGGUAGAUGGUGCUUGUUAACUUCAGACGUUCGCUUUUUGCUUGUGAAGUCGUAUAGUAUACGUUAUAUGUAGGCGAUAAACUGAAUACCAAUAUCUUGGAAUGUCAGUCUGUAAUCAAGGUGAUUUUGAAGACCUUUUUCACUCAUGCUUCCACAUAUGGAAAAUUCUAUCGAAGAUCUCAACCUUUUUUGAUGAACAUAGUAAUUUAUUUCAUAGAAAUGUUUCAACAAAUGUUAUUUUAAUUUGAUUAACAUAACAAUACAAAGUUAGUACAAGGACCAGUAAACUACAUUAAAUAACACAUUUCAUCUUCAUUUUUUUACUCGUAUCUACUGUUUUGAUGUAAGUAGUCGUUCUGAUAGAAAUAUGCUGACGUGUCCUAUUGAACAAGCAUAAUGUUCGACGUCAUCGGUAACACAUAAAGCUGUUCUACAAAUUGUAUAUCAGCAUUAAAACAUCUGUGGGAAUUGAACAAUUGACAGGCACCUAUGUCGGCUGUUAUUAUUGCUGUUAGUCAACUGACGUACACUUAGUUCGUAUAGUCAGCAGCUGCUUGACAUAUACAUAUAUAUAAUGUGAUUCUAUCAGUUUUGUAUUUCUGAAUCAAUUACCUCAUAAUUUCUACUUAUCUCAUCAUGAUGAUUUGCCUAGGUUAUUCGUUUAUUUCAGAAUAGAAAUAUUUUGAUUGUCCAGUUAACGCAACCUCGUACUCAGUCAUUAAUGGAAACUAACCAAAAGCAUUUCACUUUUUAAUUUUACUUCACAGAGACUUUACGAAAUUAUUAACAAAAACACUAACUGAGUAUCCUUACUCAGUGUUUAGUGGAACAAAUCAUGAAAAGAUCCAUGUAACAGAAGCAAAUCAUCAGAUAGACCCUGAACUUCGAAAGACAAUCGAUUAUUUAAUUCAGAUAUCCAGAGAAAAAUUGAAAUGGACUGAAAACUAUUCUGACAUUAUUAUUCAGUGGUUGAAUGAAAAUAUCCCAGUAUUUACCUAUUUAUCAUAGAUGAUGAAGAUCAACCAAUUAACCACUCAUGAACUAUACGAGAUGAUUCUUUUAACUUCCGUCGUUGUUGUCAUUGAUACUUUUUAUUCUACCAAGCCUUGGGACAUUUAUAUUUUAUUCCAUAUCUACACUAGUACUUUAAAUAUUUGCUUGUAGUAACUCGUAAUAACUUUAGUUGGAUAUUUAUAUUUAUUUAUAUAGCACUGAUGGUAGAACAAUUUUAUUGUGGGAUUCGAUUCUAAAUGUUUAAUAUUCAUAAUGUGAAGUAAAAAACCUCGAGUAUGAACAAAAUUGUCUUUGUUAAUCAACGAAAUAUGGUUCUUUAAAAGUAUAUGAAAAAUAAUUCCGAUAAAUUAGGUCGGGUGAAAUGGAAAUUUGUAAUACUGCUAGUGAAAUUGAUUCACAGACAACCGAUUAACGUACAACGAUAUUCCAAUAGUAAUAUCUGGUGAAGUCUAGUGAUGGAAGGACUGCAGUUAAAUGUUGAGCUGUGUUAAAAACAUCUUGUAAAUUUCAAAAACAAGAAUGAAUAACCAUUUCACAAUUGAAUCGAAUAACGUUUUUCUAAUCUCAAAUUAAACUAAACCAUCCAAUGAAGUUUCUAACACAUAGUCAAUGAUGUUGAAGUUCGUUGUCUUAUAUCGGAUCGCGUCAGUUUCUUGAGCAGUUUUUCAUUUAUCUCCUAUCCGUUUGCCGAAAACGCUGUAGCAAUAAUCCGGAUAUAUAUUGGCAAUCAUCAAUUGACAGUACAAAUGCGGAGGAUCGAUGAUAAAUCCAUAGAUGUUUCUCCAUGACACAAUCUAUAUAGUUUGAAACAUAUGUUGAGAAUCAGACUCCACUCGACAGGCUAAGAAGAUAAAUUAAUCAAUUGAAAAACUGAUCACAAAUGAAAUGGAAUAAAGUCAUUUCUAAUAUUUAUCAUUCCUGAUGGUGUAGAAAAGCGGAAAGUCGGUACACCUGAAGAACCAUUCGACAAGUUUUCCAGAGCCCAGAAAGAGGAUGAGAAUAUCUCAAACUAUCUGAAAUCAGUACGUGGACUUCUAGGAAAUUGACUGGCUAUGUCGUUAACUCUAAAUAUAUGAAUACUUACUUUCCGUCUUAAGUAGUGUGUUUUCAAAAGCUUCUAAAUUUCAAUGAUAGUCAACAGACCUAUAAGUAUGCCCAUAUUUUUAGAUGAUUGAGAUGAUGUUUAUCUCAGGUGGAUGCUGUUAGUAGGGAUUGGUUCUCUGACUAGAACGGCUCUAUUGUGAAGUUUUUAUUGUUCAUCUGGACAACAUCAACAACACAAACGUCAGGUAGAAGUAAGGUAUUCGAAUUUUUCCACAUAUGGUUGACAGCUUAACUGGACACUGUUGAACUGCAACCACAAUGAUGCUGUAUGUCUAGAAAUUCUAGUAAUGGUACAAUUCUGGUGCGGUUGCUGGAUUCCAUAAGACUCAAUUGUGCUCAGACCAAAUCGUGACACUGUGAACCAUCGUUGCACAAUCAACUGAAUGGAAGGCAUCGCUAUGCACCAAUGUGCGUGAUUAUGAAAAGGCUUUCAGUAGCAACGAAUAGAUAACCUUGUGGAACUUAUUUAGACACUGUAGUUUGCCGAAGAAAACCGUCAACAUCAUUGGAAAUGUAUGUGAUGGACUACACUGCAAAGUGGCUCACAGUGGACGACUCACAGAUCCAUUUCGAGUGACGAAUGUUGUCUGACAAGGCUGAUUACUCUUUUCCUUUCCUCUUUCUUUUGGAGGUUGACUGGAUUACGAAGACCUCUACAUGAGAGGAGAAGCAAGAUGAAAAAAUUCGAUUCAGUAUGAUGAUCUGGACUUUAAAGAUGACAUCGCUAAUCUAUCCCACACGCACCACAUUCCUACAGUUGAAGAACAUAUGGAAAUUAAAAUAGAUAUCUGUAAGCCAACAUCAAAUUCAUAAUCUUCACAAAACAUUUUAAAACAAUUCUACCAUACGGAGCUGAGACUUAAAGAACUAAUGCAACAAUUAAUAAAAAGGAAAGGUGUUUAUAUGCAAUCGUUUAUAUAUGAUACUCAACGUCCGUUAAAUGGAUAACAUCACCAACAAAUCUGCUUCCAAAUGAAGAGUAAAUUAAUACAAGACGUUGGGAAUGGAUAGGAGACACAUUUUGUAAAUCAUCAGACCACAUAUUUAAGCAAGCCUUGACUUAAAAUCCUUAAUGUAAACGCAAAAGAUAAAGACCGAGCCACACUUGGAGUCGAGAAUUACAAGCAGAAAGCAAAAGUGUGAAUGGCAACUGGAAACAGCUGGACGGAAUCGCCUAGGAUAGAGUUGGAUGAAGAACGCUGGUGGGCGGUUUAUGCUUCCACACGAAGUGAGGUGACAAUCGUAAGUUAGUUGGUUCACGAUCAAAAUCUAGAGUUUCGCAUGCAUUUUGUGCAUUCCCAUUCAAAUCAGAUGAGUAUGUUACGUUAUCUUCAAACACGUCAUGUAUCAUUUAUGUCCAUAGAAGAUAUUACCACCGAAGGAUCUGCAACUGACAAAUCAAUACUAUUUUAAGGUUAACUUCACAGCGAUAAUAUUUUUUGGUUUAUAAUUAUACCACCAAAUGCAUAAAUUAAGUAGACAUAUUCCUGUAUAAAAAAUUACACCUAAAAGCCUAUCCGUUCAUUUAAGAAAUAAUUCUUGUUAGUCAAGUUCAGGAUUUUGUUUUUAGAGUAUUACUUUUUAAAAGAGAUCUCAGAACAUAUUUUCAAUUACGGAAUUCUAUAAAUUAAAGGUUGUCCUGGCUUCAUCGCUAAGGUUAAACCUUGAUGAGAAAAAAAGGAACUUCUGUAAAACGUAAUCAACAAAUAAACGAAGAAUCUACGAUACCAUGGUAGUUAAAGAAUUCGAUGAGUUUCUAUCACACAUAAUAAUCAGUAGAUUAACAUGAAUCCCACCUUUCACUGACUGCUCGUCUCCUAUUUAGUUGUUAAAAUCAUCAUAAAAGAAUUACGAAAUGUUCGCGUUUCGCAACCUAAGUGACAUCAAAUUCAUGCUAAUGAGGUCAGUCUAACAUGUGCAUAAAACUUGAUGCCGAGUGAAAACAUGGUUUUAUUUCUAACAUGUGAACUGCAUAUUAGUUUCAAAACGUCUUUACUGCUGCACUGGUUACUUUCUGUGGAAGGGAUUCUAGAAACACUACUAAUGUAAUAUAAGAAAAUAAACUAUGUGUAGAACAGAUCAUUUAUGCAUGUAAUCAUACAUCUUUAAACAGAUUAUGCUUAUUUAUUACUAAUUCAGGUAGUUUUGUUUAUUUAAAUAGUAUUUUUUUAAAACGAAUCGACCGAAAAUGUCUUUUUCAGACCCGAAAAAUUUCCUGUUCAAUCGUCAAAGUGGUAUUUGGAUGGGGCUUCUGAAAUUUACUUUCGUCAUCUUAUUCACGUAAUCCCAGGAUUUCUUAUACUAGACUUUUUCGUGAUUUAGGUAUUCAAAAAUCACCAUUUUGUCGAGGUAUCUGAG